AUACAACCAGGAUAAGCUACAUAGUGGACAAGUAGGAGAAGAUAAUGGAGAGAGAAAGUAAAUCUUUUGAGCAAAAUUGUGAGAUGGGUAACUGCCAUUAAUGGAAAUAAUAUCAAGCAAUGCAGGUUAAAUGGAGUUGUAAUUUACAUUUUGAUGACAAAAAAGAUGAUCACUUUCAUCCAAAAAAUGGACCUCCCUCAUGAUCUGAUUAUAUAUGACAUUAUUUCAAGGCUACCCAUCAAAUCCAUACUCCAAUUCAAGUCAGUUUCUAAACAAUGGUACUUUUCUCUCUCCUCUUCAAAUUUUGGUAAUACCCACUUCAAAUUAUCCCCAAUUUAUCACCAAUUUCCCCCAGUAAAUUGUGUUUUUAUUCAAUCUGGCAAUGAUUAUUUUCUAUAUUCUUUUGAUGAAGAUGUGGAAAAAUGUGAUAUUUCUGCUAGUUAUGAAAAGGGUUUAUUUCAAUUAGACAUUGAUUUUGAUGGUUUGUUCAAAGAUGAUGAGAUUAUUGUAGUUGGAUCAUGUAAUGGGUUGUUAUUGUUACUACAUUCUUUGUUGAGUUACUUGAUUAUUUGGAACCCUAUUGUUAAAAAAUGGAGUAAAUUUUCAUACCCAUUAUUGAAAAGUUGUAAAAAUUGUGCUUGGGGUUUUGGGUAUGUAACUUCAAUUGAUGAUUAUAAGGUUGUUAGAAUAAGCCAAGUAGAAGAAAAUAUACUAGUUCAUGUCUUUUCAUUGAGAACCCAGAAAUGGAAGCAAAUUUAUGAUGAUAAACUUGAUGAUUUUAUUUUUACCCUUCAUUCAAUGCCUUGUUUGGCUGGGGUUUUGAUCAAUGAGACUCUGUAUUGGAUCAUGAAUAAACGUGGCGGUUCACAAGGGAUUUUUGGUUUCGAUUUAGCAAGUGAAAGGUUUAAUGAAAUCCGCGGGCUGAUUCCUGGUGACGCGUAUCUAAGCAGUUUUCGAUUCUUAGGUUGUAUGGGAGGGUUCUUAGCCAUGGUUCGAUUCACCAACCGUGGUGAUGUAAGUAUAUCGAUUUUAAAGCAUAAUGGACAGAUUGAAUACAUUGGAUUAUAUAGAGACAUGGACUUAAGAUCUUGCUGUGCUGUGUUUGGAUUUAGUAAGGCUGGUAAGUUUUUGAUACAGUCAAGUGAUCAUGAACUUGGACUUGUUGAUUUAAGCUCAUCGCCUAAAGAGUACACUCGGCUUGUCAAGUUCAACGAGCAAAGGAGCAUUCGCGUCUUGAGCUAUACUCCGAGUCUGAUUUCACCUGAUAGUGAGGACGUGAGGUGUGUGCCAGAAUUGUGACUUCAAAGUCUGCUUAAAUCAAGUCAUAGGAGCAGGAAAUAGUUGUGAUUAAAGCAACUUUUUUGAUCAUAGUCAAUACACAUAAUUAUGCGCUAUUUGAUGCUCAAAGCAUAUUGUCUUUCUAAUAUGCUUAAAACAAUUGUCAUAUGGUUAAUAUGGGUAUGUAAUUUCUUCUACUCUUUGUAUAUUUUCUCAUCUUUCUUGGUGUUUAUACCUUGUAAAUUAACUUUGAUGUUGAAAAUGAUUAUCAUUCACAAAUU